AGCGACAAGCAAAAUUUCUAUGGAGGGCAGUGCAGCAAGGAGAGCGCCUGUCCAUCCGACGAGCUGAUGUCGGCUUGCUCAGUGCAAACCAGUCACUAGUUUCCAGUGUAGCUGCAGCCUACAGGGAGAAGGGAACUCCAAGACCCGUGGCUCAAGCGCGGUGGAGGAGGACUCAGUAGUACUAGUAGUCUGUUUGGGAGCUUGUCCCUCAAUGCCCAUCGCAUUUGCAGGCAUCCUUUCAGCAACAGAGCUUCUCCCAUUUGUUUGAUCUUGUGGAUUUGUUGAGUGACUCUUGUUCUUCUUGUCAUAUGGAAACAAGUUGACUUGACGAUAGUAAUUAUUUGGAGCAGUGAUUUCAACAGCGCUGGCUGGUUGCUGGUAGUAUAUCUCUGGGCGCAGGCUCUUUCCGAGCUUGAAUUUCUGGAUAAAGCCAGUCCAGCACGUCGGUGCUGCUACCAGGACGUUUGGUCGGAAGCUACAUUAGAGCCAUUGAGUCGCUGUGGAAAAAGCUGAUCGGCUCCUGGAGCCAAAGCAGGUCAGCUAAACGAUCCAAGGGAAUGGGCCAGUGUGUUUCCAAGGCCGGCAGUGAGCAACAACGAGGAAAUACCAGAAAAAGCUCCUUUCAAGCCGGUCCAGAAAUGACUGUGGGUCCGGAUGGUGUCGAAGUUCCCGUCGACAAUCGACCAGUACUUCAGCAGCAGCCGCGCCGAAAGUCAGUCGAAGGCAGCACGUUGCCACCUGCACCACACCGGGAGAUUCUGGAUCCUCGCAAACAGGCCGUGGCUGUGACAUCAUCACAAUUAGAAUUCUUCAAGAUGCUCGAUGAAAAAAUUGAGAAGGGUGUUGUGCCCGAGGAUGAGGAAGACGGUGAGGGCGAUGCAUCAGCAGGUGCAAAUUGCCAUCAGCAAGGUGUAUUAUCGGAGGAAGCUCAAAGAACAGAGAACGAUAAUGUUGACGUCAGUGCCAGUCAAGCAAACGCAGAAGUAGCUGCAGAAAAUGGUACUGCAACAGCAGCAGUGACGAGAAAUGGUGAUGGAGAGGAAGCAGAAGCGAAAGCACCGGAAUCUGCUGCCGAAGCUAGCUAGAAGUCUAUGGAAGAGAUGACAUUUUUAAAAUUUUCCUUUUUUCUAUUUUAUGCCACUGUCGGGUGAGUCACCUCGCAAGGUCGCUGCUCAUAUUCCCCCUUGUCCUUGAUGAUGACUGCCAGCAGCCCCGCUGUAGAUACACUAAGAUAUUUGAUUACAUGCAAACUGAUUUUUGUCUUCCCUCCUGCUGAAAACUCUCUCUCUCUCUCUCUCUCUCUCUCUCUCUCUCUCUCUCUCUCUCUCUCUCUCUCUCACUCUAUCUCUCUCUUACUCGAAUACCACCAAAUUGUUGCUGUUGUCAACAUGGAGCGUGACAUGUUGAUCCUGUGCUGCACGCCUCAACAGCAGUUGUACCAGCUAACACUAUUCGUCGCUAGCAGUUCUGCCUGAAUGGUGUCUAUUCCCUCCUUCUUACCAACACGCAUCUUGUCGGCCUUGUCUUUCUCCUGACGGCAAGCGCUUCUACCAAGCUCCUCACUGGAUGUGACUCAGUAGUAUGUGCCACUAUAUUCCGAAUGCACUUUUUUCCGUUUCCUUGCCAUGGUGUGCGUUAGCCGUAGCCCACCAACGUCCAGCGCCUGUUGCCAUUUCUCCGUUGUCUAGGCUUUACCGUUCCUGUCUAGGCUUUCGUAUUGCUCCUUACGCUACCGCCACGCGCCCACUCCUAUAGGCUCUGCUGUGCUGUGUAGUAGCGGUAGUAAUAGUUGUAGCUGCUGUAGUGCGCCGUAUUGCGACACCUAGCACACGAAUAGGGCCGACAUUACUGCCAUGCUGUUUCCUCUACUCCUAUCUGUCCAAGUCCAAUGGCUCUUGUCUUGAGUUCCAAAUAUGCGCCGGUCUUCGCCCCGUGCGCAUUUCUUGGUGUUUCUCGCUUUUGAAUUCUAUUUUUUUUGGAAAUUGCCUCUAUUGUAUCCUUUCUACGGUGCGCUAUUCUUAUGCGUGUUCUGUCGCUCAGCCGGAUGUUCCGUUUUUGAGUCAGUGUUCCACUAAGCUACCGUUGCUUCCACGCCAACAGCUCUUGUCUCGUACGAAAUCAAGAACCUGCUGGUUUUAUAUUUUCUUGUUGUUGCUGUUUGCUGUUGUUCUUGUGCUCUGGCCCACUUCAGUUGAUUGUAAUGGCUGCAAUCGUGCUCAUUGCCUUCGUUACUGCAACUCACAGAGAUGCUGAUCGUUGUACAUUACCCGCUUCAAAUUUCUCGUUUUUUGUCGCUUUGUUGUCUUGUGCGGUAUGGUGGCCCAUUGAUUGUUGUGUCCUGCUUGUCCGGAUUCCUAUUAUGAGAAUUCUGUUUAUACUACUGACUGGUCCGAUGUGCCUACAUGUAAUCCUAUUAUUAGUUGCUUUUCAUUCAAUACUAAGUCUCGUACCUCAGUGUAAUCACUGCUCUUUCUGUCUUUGGUCACCUCA